AUGUCGUUCGGGCUGUCGAAUGCGCCGAGUACGUUCAUGAGAGUGAUGAACCAGAUUCUGCGGCCUUUCAUUGGUCGGUAUGUGGUUGUGUAUUUUGAUGACAUUUUGAUCUACAGCGCCGACCCCGAGCAACACCUGGCCCACUUGCGCGAAAUCCUCUCUGUCCUUCGACGCGAGAAACUAUAUGCGGUGUUGAAGAAGUGUGUUUUUAUGAGGUCAGAAGUUAUUUUUCUUGGUUAUGUUGUUGCUGCUGAUGGUCUGAGGGUUGACUCAUCCAAGGUCGAGGCAGUUAGACAGUGGCCUAGACCAACGAGUAUUACUGAAGUCAAGAGCUUCCAUGGGUUAGCCUUAUUUUACAGGCGGUUUAUACCCCAUUUCAGUAGUAUUAUGGCUCCCUUAACUAACUGCAUGAAUGAAGGCAAAUUCGAGUGGAUUGAGGGGGUGGGAAUUGGAGCAGUCUUGAGCCAGAACAGCAAGCCAAUUGCUUUCUUCAGCGAGAAGCUGAUGGGGGUGAAGGUGAGAUACAGCACCUACGACGUGGAAUUCUAUGCUCACAAGAGCGGAGUCACUAAUCGCGUUGCUGAUGCUCUUAGUCGGAGGCAUAGCAUUUUGAGCAGGAUGACAGUUGAGGUACCUGGUUUUAGUUCUUUUGCUGAGUUGCUUGAAGUCGACCCCUAUUUUUCUGUGACGCUAGCUCAAGUUUGGGCUGGAGAAAGAACGAAAUACGUGUUGCAGGAUGGUUUUUUUUCCAGGGGAAAUCAGCUUUGUAUUCCUAAUUGUAGUUUGCGAGCCUACAUUAUUCAGCAGCUACACGGCGAGGGUCAUGUGGGGAGAGACAAGACCUUGCAGUUGGUCCAGUCAUCGUAUUUCUGGCCUACAAUUCAUAAAGAAGUGGAGAAGUAUGUGCAACGCUGUAAGGUUUGUCAAGUGUCCAAGGGUACAACAACUAACGCAGGGUUGUACAUGCCCUUGUUGAUUCCCUCGCAGCCAUGGGUGGAUAUCAGUAUGGAUUUCGUCCUCGGCUUGCCCUGUACCCAAAGAGGUAAUGAUUCUAUAUAUGUCGUCGUCGACAGGUUUUCCAAGAUGGCACACUUUAUUCCGUGCAAGAAGACCACUAAUGCUGUGCGAGUUGCUCAGUUGUAUUUUCGGGAGUUAUACCGUCUGCAUGGUCUGUCAGGCUCUAUUGUGUCUGAUAGGGACACCCGUUUCCUGAGUUAUUUCUGGCGGAGCCUUUGGAAGAUGGUGAACAUCUAG